CGGUUCCGGGGACCGGUUCUAUCGCGGUUCCCAGCGACUGCCUCGUAAAUCCGGCAUUUUUAUCGAUCGAUCGAUCGAUCGACCCGAGAGACCUACCUGUCGCUCGAUCUCUCCGGUGGAUCGGUGUCCCCGUUGUAUUCGGUAGCGACUUUUCGUCGGACGAGCCUGGGGAAAAUGGCGGCCGGAGGGUACGCACUCGCGGCUGUCUUGAUGCUGAUGGCUGACUUGGUAGCGCUCGCUGACAACGCGUGGCCUUCUUGCGCGGGGAAGACUAUACUGAGAUCCGGCGGCUUAUCUUGCGAGGAGAAGCAGGCUAUCUUGGACGAGCAUAAUCGACUAAGACAACUGGUGGCCCUGGGACAGAUUCAUGGACAGCCCGGGGCCGCAAAUAUGAGGGAAAUGGUAUGGGAUGACGAAUUAGCCAACGUCGCUCAAAGAUGGGCCGAUCGUUGCGCAGAGUUCCACGACAGUUUCCGACAUGUCCAAAGAUUUCCAGUGGGCCAGAACAGUGCCAGAACCUGGACAACAAGAUCACCGGGGCCGUACGACGAUCAACCUGAGUGGAGGCAACGAAUAUCUGAUUGGUUCAAGGAGGUACAGCACUAUCGUUCCGGAUACAGCGACGAAACCGGUCACUAUACACAGCUCGUCUGGGCUGACACGUUCCUAUUGGGCUGCGGGUACUCGUUCUACUACGACCCGGCGCGUGGAUACAUGAAGAACUAUGUCUGCAACUAUGGGCCCAGCGGCAACGUGCUCGGCUACCAGCCGUACCACUUGGGCGAGCCUGCUUGCGGCAGCCACGGGAUGUCUUAUUCGAAUCGAUACGCCGGACUUUGCGCUCACGGCAGUUACUACCACUUGGGUGCGUAUUGCACGUACGGCUAAGAAGAUCUGGAAGAUGAAACGUCUAAGAGAGAACUCGACGAUCAAAGAAGAAAUCGGAGAAAUCGUCGAGCUUGAUAGAACUCGUCGCCAUUUUGUAAUCGUCAUCAGGUCGGACACAGUGUUUCUCAAACAGCUCCCUAAAAAGAAUUGUUCCUGUUCCAAAUAUUUUUAGAAAUUUUCUCCUUCAAGCAUACUCCAAAAA